GACCCUUGCGCUCGCCCAGCCUGGGGAACUGAGCCAUGGAGGACCGAUCGUUGCAGUGCUUGGGUGGCAACAAACCGCACCUGGAGAAACUAACUCUUGGGGUCGCCCGUAUCCUGGAAGCUUCCCCAGGAGUGACUGGGGUGUCAGUUAUGGAACGGGAACCUGCUGAUAUUGGAAUGAUUACUGCAUGGGAACAAGAAAAUGAUUGCGUAUUGCCAGAAGAUUUGAAGAAUUUUUACCUGAUGACAAAUGGCUUCCAUAUGUUGUGGAAUGUGAAACUAGAUAAUUAUCCCAUUCCAUUGGGCAGCCUGAUGAUUAAUAGUAUCAUGAAGUUGAACCAGCUCCACCAGACUUCUGUUUAUUUGCUUCCCAAUUCACCCAGUCUUGUGGACCUGGAGGAAGAUGAUGAUGAAGGGUUGGUACCUAAUGGAGAUGAUCCAGAGAAACCACACUUUGACUCGAGAAAUAGAAUUUUUGAACUUGAUUCCUGCAGUGGAAAUGGGAAAGUCUGUCUUGUUUAUAAAAAAGAUAAACCAGCACCCCAAGAUGCUGAGAUCUGGUUUCUGGACAGAGCUUUAUAUUGGCAUUUUCUCAGUGACUCCUUCACUACCUACUAUCGCCUAUUGAUCACUCAUCUCGGCCUCCCCCAGUGGCAGUAUGCCUUCACCAGCUAUGGCAUUAGCCCACAGGCCAGGCAAUGGUUCAACAUGUACAAACCCAUCACCUAUAACACGGCUAUUUUUGCUGAAGAAGAGUGCAUCUUCUUGAACAAGCUGGAUCCAAGCAAGGUGUUCAAGAGCAAGAGCAAGACCUUAGUUUCUAAAAAGAGAUCAUCUCUACAGAGCUCAAGCUCCCAGAGAGGUUCAUCAACUUCUCCUGUCAUCAAGCCAUCCCCCCUCCCUGGAAACCCUAUCAGAAAAUAAGUAUUCCCCAUCCCACCCCACCUCCAGCUCCUUCAAACUUUUUGGCUCCCCAAGAAUGAAUGAAUGACCCCAGGACCAAGAUGGUGAUCAUGUGGCUUUCACUGGCUGUGUACAGAUAAUCAAAGGGAUUUUUUUCAUCAACACCGAAGUUCAUGCCAAGCAUCAGAUACUGGGUUCUAUCCCCAGGCCUCUUGAGUUUAUAUAAUACAGCAAGUGGAAUCAUUGCAUUGUUUCUGCCACCUAAACUCAAUUUUGGUUCCUGUUGGGCAGGAGGAAAUAUCUUUUGAAACCUGGUAUUAUUCUUCUACACACACACACACACACACACAUGUCACCUCAAGUUAGAAUAUUCCUCCAACACUUAAGAUCCUGUUGUCAGAUACUGAUGAUGCCUUGAUUGUCUUAACAUUCCUCUCCUAUGAAUGAUCUGCUGUAAGUACAUUUGUGCUUUUCUUGUAGCAAUUACUUCUAAAACAUCCAACUUUACUCUUUGCUACCAGUUGUUUGCCUUCCAGUUAUUUUGUGGACAUUCGAAUUUCUUUCCAGGUACCAGUGUUACAUUUUUCCCUGUUUUUAAAGAGAAGAGGCAGUGCUGUUGUACUUUCUUUUAGUGGUGGCAUUAAAUCCAUCUCAAACUAUGUUUUAUAUGAUUCCCUAUGAGAAAUGAUGAUGAAAACAAUAAUUAAUUAAUGAUUAAUAUGUCACUGAUCACACAUCAUAUAAGAACACUGAAUUGCCAAAGCUACACACAGGUACCAUGACAUCUUUACUAUUGUGUGUUUUUCCCCUAAAUUUAUUAAAUCAACAAAACCAUUGAAAUGAACAAGCAAGAAUUAAAAAAUAUGAGUAAAACCAUAAACACUGAUUAUUUACUGCUGAUUCUAUAAAAUGUUUGCAUAUUUGGGGGAAGGGGAAACUUCUGGUGCAGAUUAAAAUCUAUACCUGGUAUCUUUCAGCAUUGUUUAAGGCACAAAGAAGUUAAGUAAUUUGUUUGUAGUUAAGAUCCAAUUAUUAGAACUGGAACUUGAACACAUAGUUUCCCAACUCCCAGUCUAGCAAUCUAUCCAUUAUAUCACAUUACCUCUUAUUUUUAACAAUAUAGUUAACAUAAAAAUAAAAAAACAAAAAAACAGUAUAGCUAAUAAAAAUGAACUAUUUGCUUCUGUGUUCCUUUCUGAGCCCUUUCUCCAGUAUAUUUUUCUAAAUGAUACAAUUUCUAUUUAAAACAAAUCAACCAACUAUUACAGUUAGAUUUACAUUGCUCAAUUCAGCUUUAUCUGUUCUGCAUCACUUUGUAAAAGUCUUUAUGUAUUUCUUUACUCUUCCUAUAUUCUGUGUGUCAAAAACUCCUUGACACAAAGAAGCUGAGUAUACUUAUGAGGUCUACCUACUUUUCUGGUUUAUUACUUUCAUCUAGGAAAUGUGGAAACUUAAAUAUCAGACACCAAGAUGUAGUCACCACUAAUACCCACACCUCCCAUUCAAGCAUUGAAACUCAGAAGCUCAUAGGGCUCAAAAAAUAAAUAGGUGUAAUUAUAGGCAAAAAGAAACAGAAGUCAUAUCAGAACCCCAAAAGAAUAACAGGACUCACCAAAAAGCCUUAAUUAGGCUUGUGACGUCCUAGUACUCAGGUAGACUCUUAAGAGGAGGACCUGGGGAUUGUCCCUCUAAAGCAUUGGCUUUACCCCAGGAUCCUCUGGUAAUAAAGCUUUGUCCUUGCUCAGAUUCCUCUCACUCUCUAGUGGUUUUCAGCAGAUGCUGCCUUAGUUAUGGCUUCUUGUAGCCUACACCCCUCACAAAUGCCAGUCUCUUAGCAAGCACUGGUUUGUUUUUUAUCCUUCCCAAGAUGUAAAUUUCCCAUCUCCAGAAUCCUUGAUAGCCAAGCUUUGAUAGCCAGGGUUGCCUGUACAUAUGAAUCAUUUUGUGUUCUUCUAUUCCUACAAGACUUAUGAGGAUUGUAGGGGAACUGACUUGCCUUUAAACCUUACAAAUAAGGUUUUCUCUCCAAUUUUGUGUUGGCUGUAUGUAGGUGACACCACAAUUUAAACUACCACAUCCAACUGGGAACUAUUAUUUUGCUUGGUGUCUCCAUUAGAUGAAGAUCUCUCCAUAGUUGUCUUUAUUCUGGCAUGAUGAGUUCUGGGGAAGUUGAGUUGAAUUAUUCAAAUUGCUGAAAUAUCAGUAAUUUGAGAGGGAAUGAAAGCUGUGUUCCUCAAGCAUUGUUAAACCCCUUUACAUUUAUAUUUCUUAAGGCACAUUAAUAUUCAACAAAUACUAACUCUAUAAGGAUAUCUAUGUUUACAGAUAUAUCUUUUCCUUUUCUUUCAAUAUUAUCCAUAGAGAUCACUGGAUCAAAUGGUAUAAACAUUUUUGCAGCAUUUUUAUAUAAUAUAUUUCUUUCUGAAAAGAUCACAUAAAUUUACAGUUCCACCUGAAGUGUAAUAAUAUGCCUGUCUCUCCACAUUUUUAUUAGCAUUAAAUUUUAAUGCUUUUAAUUAAUUUUGCCAAAGGAA